UCGUGCGACAGUUUGCUGAGGUAGGGUCUUCAUUCAAGCAAGAGUGUGUGUUAGCAGCGGGGUAAAAAGUGAAACUAUCGAUCGAAUGAUAGAAAUUCUCAUAAAUGUGCUAUUAACAGAUCCAAGCACUGCCUGCCACCAUAGUAUGUAUAAUCACGCCUAUUUGAUCACCAAAAGGACUGCAGUUGCCAAUACCAUCAAACGAUAUUAGUGGAACCGAAAGAACAACAGCGCAAUGGCGUUACGUUUUUGGCAGUAGUUUAUUGUUUUAGAAAUGUUGUAGCUCCAUCCUGUUACUGCCAACCAUACCCAAAGAAACUUUCCAACCGUGAGCGCCAGUCUAAAUGUCACAGCGUAUAUGUUCUACGCUCAUUUUGCUGCUUGUAAAGACAAGUGACGACGUGUAAAGAAAAAUAACGUUUGAAAAGUGCUAAACGAACAUCAAUCUUGAAACCAUGAGCCUCAAAACACGCAGCAUUGUGUUUGUGACUUUUUUCACCAGCUGCCUGAUCGUUGGAUUAUUAGUGGCCAGCCUCACGACCAACAAUUGGAUACAAGGAAAUGCAAAGCGGCGAAAUUAUAAUGAAUCAAACGGGCAGGUCAAUUUUGGACUGUUUUCUGGGCAUCGGCGGCUGAACGUUGGGUUUGGUUUAAGGGACCAUAAAAUCGAUGUUCCGGCAAUGAUCCGCAACGAACCAGACGUUAUGAGUUAUUGGCUUUGGUUAGGCGCUGCACUUGGCACAGGUUUCGGCAUUCUGGGUGGUGUGAUCACUGCCAUCGCAUCUGUACUUAAGUCGGCAUCGGCAUCAAAGAAAACUGGCACUAUGGUGGUGCUGCUAGUAAGCAACCUAUUCACCGGUUUCUCCCAGACAAUUGCAUUUGUUUGCUGGCUGGUACAGUUCUACAACUACCUGACCCACAACGUUCUGCUUGCAGAAGAUCGUAACAAUAGCUGGUACAGUACCGGGCUGGUAGUACUGGGAUCCAGUUUCUAUUUUAUUCCGGCGGGUAUUGUGUUGGUAGUGGUUAAUUUAAUUUUACUGAUUGUCGCGACGCGUCUGGAACAACGGGAAAGGAAAAAGUUCCUAAGUCCUCCAACUGAUGAUAAAACCCAAGGCGCGAUCAUGUUGUACUAAAAAUGCAAUGCGGAAUGUUUACAUAUCGUCGUACAAUCUCUUUACUUACUCUACCAAUACUCAAAUUCACAAAUUCAUUAAUUUUUGAAUGUAUUAUCUAUAAAUAAGGAUGGUUUUUAAAUCAUGCCAUAAGAUGAACUAAAGACAAAUGAACACAAUCCACGUGAAGUUGUGGUAGUUUUAGCUACUUGCGGGUAGAGUAGAUAUCCACCAGUACCGUUUUAAUUUUACCAUUUCGGGCCCGACCUGAUUUUAAUCUGCGUAAGAUACUAUUAGGAAUUCAUUAAUUCUUUUACCAUGAAAACGAAAGCAUAUUUUUAACAUGAAAAUAGCUACUUCAAGCUUAUGAAAUAAAAAUAAAUAUUUUGUAGGUUUUGUAA